GGGUCUACUCAGAAGUCAGCCCCAUUGGAGGAGGCAACGCCCAGGACCAUGUACCCCACAAGGCCAGUGUUUCGGGGUGGAGCCAUGUUUCAGAUAUCUCUGCAUGGACAAAGGCCAGAAUCUCAGCCACAGGCAACUGAGGCUAGAGGAGCUGCAGAAAUCUGGGGCAAAGCCUUUGCUUCAACAGUCACAGCAGAAAGAACACACCCAUCACCAAGAGGUGUCCCAAAGGAGCCUUUUACGACUGUUCCAACAUUGUCGUCCACGGUUCAGGGACUUAGCCUUGAGACUGCCCCUAGGCCUCCUUUGGUCUUUUCAGGCCGAGGCAUUGCAGGAAGGGGAAUGGGUGACAUGACCAUAAAGCCCAACGCAGAUAGCCUGGGACAGCAGGUGUGUGCAGGGUUGAGAGCAGGACCAGCUGGAGACAGCAAGGUGCAACGGGGGCUUCCCGGCCGCGGCAAGCAUGUGGAAAGCGAAAAGCCAUUUUUGGUGCUUGACAAAACCAGUAUCUUGGGGCGUGGCCGACCCUACCCAAGCCCCUUCACUUCGGCUGUGGAAGGUCUUCUUCCAGCACCAUCAAUCAAGCCUAGUGCUCCUCCUGUAGCUUCUGAUGACCCUGUGGAUAAAAAAGAACCACUUAAGAAGCAAGGGUCAAAAGGAGUAACGAUCCCUUUGGCGCUGAAUCUGAUUCAAAUACACUGUAAAAAUGAAGCUGUGUAUCAGUACCACGUGACAUUCAGCCCAAACAUAGAAUAUAAAAGCAUGCGCCUUAAGAUGCUAAAGGAACAUCAGUCGGUGAUAGGAGACAUUUCCGCAUUUGAUGGCUUUCUUCUCUAUUUACCCAUCAAGUUGCCUCAAAAUAUUAACCUGAAGUGUGAAAGAAAGACAGAUGGAACAGAAGUCAAUUUAAAGAUUCAGAUGACCAAAAUUCUGGAACCUAGUUCAGAGUUGUGCAUCCCAUUUUACAAUGUUAUUUUCAGAAAAGUGAUGAGGAUUUUAGAUAUGAAACUUGUCGGGAGAAAUUUCUAUGAUCCUACUAAUGCUACUGUACUUCAGCAGUACAGGUUGCAAAUAUGGCCUGGCUAUGCAACCAGUAUCCGAAGGACAGAUGGUGGCCUGUUUUUGUUGGUUGAUGCUGUUCAUAAGGUUAUUCGGAAUGAUUCAGUCCUGAAUGUGAUGCACAGAAUUUAUCAACAGAAUCGGGAUAAUUUCCAAGAUGAGUGUACAAAGCAACUUAUUGGCAACAUUAUACUUACCCGUUACAACAAUAAAAAUUACCGAAUUGAUGACAUUGAUUGGAACAAGACACCACAGAACAGUUUCACCAUGUCGGAUGGGAAGGAAAUCACUUUUCUAGAGUAUUACAGUAAAAAUUAUGGGAUUACCAUUAGAGAGCUUGACCAGCCACUGUUGAUUUACAGAGUUGAAAAAAGAAAAAAUCCUCCAGGAAAGCUUCAGGAAGGUGAAAUCCUGCUAGUGCCAGAGCUUUCCUUCUUGACAGGCAUUCCCGAGAAGAUGAGACAAGAUUUUAGAAUUAUGAAGGACCUUACGCAGAAAGUCAACAUGAGUCCCGGACAGCAUCAUGCCGCUCUGCUCCAACUUCUCAGCAGAAUUAAGAAGAAUGAGAAUGCCCAUAAGGAAUUGUCCCGGUGGGGGCUUUUCUUGGAUGGGGAUGUUUACAGGACCACCGGGCGCAUCCUUCCCAUGGAAAGAAUAAACCUGAAGAAAACCUCCUUCACUACCUCGGAAAGCCUAAACUGGACUAAAGAAAUCAGCAGAGAAGCCUGCAUCUCUGCAAUUCCAAUUCAUUUCUGGGCACUCUUUUACCCAAAGCAGACGAUGGAGCAAGCACAUGAACUAGUCAGCAUGCUGCAAAAAAUUUCAGGACCCCUUGAAAUCCCGUUAGCUGCACCUAUUUGGAAAGAAUUGAAAGAUGACCGAAUAGAGACUUACGCCAGAGCUAUCAAAUCAUUGCUAAGUAGUGAGGGAUCAAUACAAUUAGUCGUUUGUAUUAUCACAGGAACUAAAGACGAUUUGUACAGGGCUAUUAAAAGACUGUGCAAUGUACAGAACCCAGUUCCUUCCCAGGUUAUUAAUGCUCGAACCAUUACAACUCAAUAUGUUAAACUGAGAAGUAUAGCCCAGAAGAUUCUGUUGCAAAUUAAUUGUAAGUUAGGUGGAGAGCUGUGGAGUGUGGACAUUCCAUUGAAACAGCUGAUGGUGAUUGGCAUAGAUGUGUAUCAUGAUCCCACCAGGGGGAAGCGCUCCAUGUUGGGCUUUGUGGCAAGUACCAGUCCAAUUGUGACACAAUGGUAUUCCAAGGUUAUAUUCCAGACGCCUCAUCAAGAAAUAAUAGACAGCCUAAAGGUCUGUUUAGUAGCUGCUUUGCAGAAAUUCCACGAGGUCAACCAUCAUCUCCCGGAGAAGAUAGUGAUUUAUAGAGACGGCGUUUCGGAUGGCCAGCUGAAAAUAGUAGAAAGCUAUGAAAUCCCCCAGCUGGAGAAAUGCUUUGAAGCUUUUAAUAAUUACAACCCUAAAAUGGUGGUGUUUGUGGUUCAGAAACAGAUCAGCACCAACAUCUAUUCAUCAGCUGCUCAGCAGCUUUCAUCCCCUCCUCCAGGGACGGUGUUGGACCAUACAGCCACCUCUCGAGACUGGGUGGAUUUUUAUUUGAUAGCCCACUACUCGCCACAAGGUUGCGGCAUCCCUACUCACUACGUCUGUGUAAGGAAUACAGCCAAUCUCACUCCUGAUCACAUGCAGAGGCUGACUUUCAAACUUUGCCACCUCUACUGGAACUGGCCAGGAACUAUCCGGGUGCCUGCCCCGUGCAAAUAUGCGCAUAAGGUGGCUUUUCAUUCAGGGCACAUUCUCCACCACGAGCCAUCAAAUGAGCUGUGCGAGACGCUCUUCUUCCUGUAGCUUCUGCGGUGGGCUGCCUUCAAAGAGAGAGCAGGAACUGAGAAAGAAUUGUCCUGUUCCAGCACUUCCCAGUUUCAGAUCACUCUCCCUCCUCCCCUUCAACUGGAGACUCUGUUUUAUAAUAAUGUUUAUUUGGUCAGUGACCAGAAAAAAAGUUUUUAAAAAAUUACAACACCAUAGUAAAAUGGAAAAGGUGAAGCAAACACAGGUGCAAAUGUGACUGCUCUAACAGUACAUUAAUUACUUGUACAAGUGUACCUCUAUCGCAGGGCAGUAAAAUAAAUACCAUCUAUAAAAAAGCCAGUAUGUGUUAAAUCUAAAAUGGUAAAUAAAACAAAAAUAUUUCCAUAAACCAGUUAUGCCUUAUUUUCAUUGCAACAACACAGAAUUUGGCUAUUGCAGAGGUGACAACGGGUUUCCAAUUUGUAGAACAUGGUUCAUACAGAAAGUGUCUGGUCUCCCUGGAAAUUUUUGUUCUAUUUUGUUAAAUUUAUUUGACACUCAUCUUGUUUCAAAGUGACUGCGGGACUAAAUUUACUUAUUAAGGGCAGAAUAUAUGCAGACGUGAUGUCCCUUAGUUUAUAAUAUAUGAAUAUAUGCAAAAUGAUUUUGAUCUCUUUGUGGCCACAUGCUCAGUUAAUGGGAUUUUGGAAUAUCUGUCUUGCAGCAGUGCUGAUGGUCAGAUGUUAUGCCUGGCUUUGAAAAAUGCCAUCCACAGUUUGGGGAAAGUCAGAUUUUGUAGAUUUCUUGAUGGUUCCCAAGUGCUCUUUUUUAUUCCCAGGUUGGAAUAGCCUGUUGACUUCUGUCUGAAAUGCCAUAUCCCUUAUCUUCACCA